AUGAGUGAGUUGCAACGGGCCUGGGCCAAGCGGAAGCUUGACCCAAUGCAUCCCUUGCCUGAGCCGCUCAACGAUCUCGACGAGGAAUCCGAGGUAGACCAACUCCCCGAACUGCCGGAGCACAUGGACGACGGGGAUUCGUCCUCGGCCUCCUCGGCCUCCUCGGCCUCGUCCACGGGCACCAUCAUCCCGUCUCCGAGCCAAAAUCUGUUCGCUCGGCCGCAAGGUGUAUCGCGGGGCCGCACACUGGAGCAAAUCCCAUGGACUACUUACUUCGAGCGGGAGCUGUUCUUGGAGCCCACAACCGGAGACGAUGGCUCGUCCACCGUGACCUAUCACGCCUACCUCAACUCGCCUGUUGGCAAGGGUCCCCUCUUCGUCAUGCAUCACGGUGCCGGCUCGUCGGGUCUGUCGUUUGCCGUCCUCUCGGCGGAAAUCAGGAAGCGUCUUCCCUCGGCCGGGAUACUGUCUCCUGACGCCCGGGGUCACGGCUCGACGGUGGUCAUGAACGACACAGAGCUCAACCUGAAGCUCAACAUCCUGACGGAAGACCUGUUCAGCGUCAUCCAACUCACCAAGGCGCAGAUGUCCUGGCCGGAACUCCCUCCCAUCGUGCUCAUCGGUCACUCGCUGGGCGGUGCUGUCGUUACCGACUUGGCCAAGUCGGGGAGGCUGGGGGCCUCACUCCUGGGCUACGGCGUGCUGGACGUGGUGGAGGGCUCGGCGAUGGAUGCCUUGCAAAGCAUGCUGACUUACCUGUCGACCCGGCCCACCGGCUUCGCCAGCCUACAGUCGGGCAUCGACUGGCACAUCCGCUCCCGCACCAUUCGAAACUCCGUCUCGGCGCGGACAUCGGUGCCGGCCCUCCUGGUCUACGACGACUCGGUCGACCCUACGCGGCCGUGGAGGUGGAGGACGGAUCUCUCGGCGACGCAGCCGUUCUGGGAAGGCUGGUUCGUCGGGCUGAGCAAGAAAUUUCUCGAGGCGAAGGGUGGGAAGCUGUUGCUGCUGGCGGGCACGGACAGGCUGGACACGGAGCUGACCAUCGGUCAGAUGCAGGGCAAAUACGCAUUGCAGGUCUUCCCCGAGGCGGGCCACUUCAUUCAGGAAGACCUGCCAGAGAAGACGGCGCUGGCCGUGGUGGACUUUUACAGACGGAACGAUAGAAGCGCGUUGGUGCUGCCGCCCAAAGUGGGCGAUCUGUUGAGGCAGGGCAAGAGAGUAUAG